GAAAACAAACAAAAAUACAAAGCCAUUCUUGAAACCAGCCAAGCUGACAACACACAGGUACUGUGUGAAUAAAUUUACAUCUAUUCAAGUAUUGUGCAUUGCAAGUUGAAUCGAAUUGAAUUUCAAAUCUUAUUAAAUCUGAGUGUAUUGUAUUUUCUCCGUAAACUAAAUAUCAUCGUCAUUAUUGUCUUUAUCAUCACCAUCAUCUUCUUUAUUAUCAGUAUCACCUUUUGACCAUUAUUAUCAAUAAUAAAAUCAUUACAUGAUGUUCAUGUUAUGUUUGUUUCAGAUGAAUUCUGCAUUAGAGAAGUUAGAGCAGUCUGUCUCUGAAAUGACAGCAUUAUACUCUGGACAAGAAGGUACAUGUAUAUCUGUUGUAGUUAAAUCCUUCCUUAGUUCAAUAUAGGUGUUCAACCUUGUGGGAUUCAGAAUACCCUUUGUUUCCUCAUCCUAUUUAUCCAUAGGAGAAAAAGGAAAAUUCUAGAUUAUCCUCAACUUCGUUCCCAGAGAACCCUGGGAACGAGGUUGGAUUAUCCUUAGAACAGAUGUAACCCACAACAUAUCAUGCUAGUGCAAUUUAUAAAUUAAGUUAAUUUUAUGUACAACCAAUGGUAAUUUUUUUCUAGUUCUUGCAGUGUGUUAGGAAAUGAAAUGCAAAUAAUCGUUAUUAUUAUUCGAAGCAAAUUUUUCUUUCUUUUCAUUGGCCGAGAGCCCACCACGUGAACUGCAAAUAACAAAUAAUGGUCUGCUCAUGCGCAAUGCGGUCCAACUGUGUUUGGCUGCAAAUAACAUUCUGCUCAUGCGUAAAGGAAACCGUGCUUUUCUCAUUCUUGCGAUCGCUCUUCCAUGAAAAUGGCAGAUCGCGUCGCUUCCCGAAGAUAUUCAUUAAAAAAAACAAACCCGGUGAUCGAAUGAUAAAACAUUAUUAUUGAACUCGGUUAUCGCAAAAUAUUGUGAUUUGUCAGUGUCUCGUAGAUCACGAUAUUUUGCUCAACCUCGUUCAAUAAUUGUUAAAUAUUUUUCACUCCUUGAGCUAUAGCAUACAACAGUUGCUGUGGCUUUGGCCCAUAGGCCAUGAGUACAGGGACAAAUGCGAUCAGGGACAGACUCACUUGUACAAUAUUUUUCUCUUUGCCUCAACUAUUUUAUGGCCUGAUCAUUUAACGGCAUGAGGUGCUUACAUACACCAUACUUCUUGUUAUUCUUAUGACUGCUUGAACACAUUAAUUUUGUUACAUGACAAUGAUAGUUAUAUUAUGACACCUCUGUAGGUUCUACUUACUCUGUGACAUUUUUAUCACAACUGUCCUAUGACAAUUACUAUGAAUCUGAGGAACGAUUCACCGGAGAACUUACCGCUUACACAAGGAAACAGUUCUUUGAGGUAUGACUUGAUAGUCAGUGUUAAAAGCGCAACUACAUGUAUACACUUUUUCCAAUAAGACCAUGGCAGAUACUAGUAACAAACAAGUACGAAAUGCUGAGGGAACCCUCCAUUAGAAUAAUGGAGCCCUUCUAGGUGGGAUUAGGGAUUCUAAAACUGGUUUAAUGUUGAGUUAUAAACACUUGAAGCUAAAACAAAGGGUUUUACCGUUGCUAUGCGUGCAGGCCCAACACAAUGGAAUUUAAAGGAGUUUCUUAUUUCCCACAUCAUGGGCCAAUUAUGUAUUCAUGCAAUGAGAAUAAUGAUGAUAGACCUGUACAGUGGAACCUCGAUAUAACGAAGGGCCAAGGGACUGGCAAACUUUGUUCGCUAUAACAAGGUUUUGUUAUGUCAAGGUUCUUUUUCAUUAUAAUUUACUAUUAUUGGGACAAAGAAAAUCGUUCGUUGUACCGAGGACUUCAUUAUAUAGAGGUUUGUUAUAUCGAGUUUACAUUGUACACCACAGUAACCACUGGAUCAUUUGAUCUUGAGAAGUACGUCAGCCAAUGAUAUGCAACAUAACUUUAUACAUACAUGUAGGGUAUAGCAGAGAUGGCUGGCAGAGAGGAAAAAUCAAGAUAUGAGUUACUGGAAAUCAGUGAUCCCUCAACACUUCUGGUUAGAGGUGAGAACAAAAAUUACCAUAAACAUUACCCUUACAUCAUAAACCAAUGUCCCAUCAAUCUAAAUGGUCAUGAAAAUAGUUAAGGAAAUAAUUACCUCUCUACAAGAAUGCAGCACGUUUUUGAAGCACUUGCAUCAAGUAUAGCACUGAAAACUGUUACAGUUUUCUGAUUAUUAAAGCAUACAUGUAUGUUAACAGAGGUUCAUUUUUUUAUUAACUAGGAGAAAACAAUGAAGUCAACUUCAAUGACUGUCAAGAGCUUGCAAGACUACAAACUGUGUAA